UUAAUUAACUGUGAAUUAUGUUGGCAUGUUUUACUGUUUUGAAACAGAUUGGGAAGAUCACAGCAGACAGCUUCAGAAAAAGUUUUUUGGAGUGGGAGGCUGUUAGAUUUGAGGUGGAUAAGAUCUGCAGGGAGGAGCAUUUUGUCUGUCCUGCAUGCACCCCAGACAUGCUUGCUGUUUCUGUGGAUGGAAAUCGCAAGCACUACCGCUUUAAGAAUGCAGCAAGAUCUGAAGAAAAAGCCUUAUUUGAUGGCAUCUUCAUUGCAAAAGAUGAUGAAGUAGAGAGAUUUGUGGAUUACAUUCAUUCUACCACCAACCAUGUCUCUGGAAGAGGUGUCUGUGGAGGGGAGUGGUCAGCUGCAAGGGAAACGUCUCAGAAAUCCUCAAGUAAAAUUGAUGAGGAGGGACUUGAGCUUGCAGUCUGUCGACAUGGAGUUUUUCUCGCCGCUCUCAACAUGUUCAGGGGAGAAAUAUAUGCUUAUCCCCUCUACCUGCAGAACAAGCUGGCAAAUACGCCAAUAAGCUUUUUUGCCAUGGAUGUAACCUGCAAGUACUGGCCUUACCUCAACAAAGUGACAAAAAGCUGCCCGGAGCUCCAGCACCUUCUGAGCAUGAAACCAUUCCUCUCAGUGUUUCAUGCCAAAGCCCAUGAUUUUAAAUGUGAGGUUAAAUGGAGUGGAGCUUACCAGCAAGGGGCAGGAUUGACACUUGGGGAGGAGGUUGAGCAGUGUAACGCCUUCCUCUCUAGGAUUGCUGUGACCACGAAGCACAUGUCCAAAGCAGGACGUACAGACAUGCUUACACUGAUGGCCAUGCGCUGGAAUCAGCAAAAGUUUAAUAACUUGGCUACUUCACUUGCCUGCCGAUAUCAGAAGGCCACAAAACGUCUGGAAAGCCAACUUCAGGACCUGGAAAGCAUGAGAAUCCAGCUGGCAGUGACACAGGUUGAAGUUGAGGGCUGGGUCACUGAUAUUAAGGAGUGGGCAGAAGCAACAACAUCCCAAAAGAAUGCCGAUCUUGACGCGGUGAUCAAUAGAAUGGAGGUGCUGGUGGCCAGCAUUAAAAGAAGGUCCCAGCGCCUUUACAAAGACACCGAUGGCAGCAAAGGUCGGGCCCGGAUCCGGUGCAAAAUCAGAGAGGAGAAGGCCAUUCUUAGCUCUGUUGUUGAAAAAUACAACAGUAUGGUUCCAGAUACAGAAAGAAUCGCCUUUGACAUCAUUCUCUCUGACGAGACAGUUUGGCCAUGGCAGCUUUCACAUGGUGACGCUGUAGAUUUGAAAACCAAGAGAAAGGCGUUUGAUGUUGUGAUGGCUAUAAGGAGACUUGAGGAGGAGAAGAAGAUUGUUCUUUCUGAGAUGGCAAAGCAUUGGAAAUCUCUCUCCACUCGUGCAGACACACUCAAGGAGAUGUCAUGCCAGCUUUCCAGUGAGGCAUUGAAAAGUGAGCUGUGGGAUCUAAAUGAAGAAGGGAUCAAGGGUUUCCUCAGCUUAACUUUGAGAAAGAAGCAAGAAGUCACCAGAAUGAUGAAGCAUACAAGAGACUGUUAUGCUAAAGUUUUGACUGGAACAAGAAUGGACUUCCAGAAUGAUUGGGAUGAAUACGACAGUGACUCUGAAUUGUCAGAUGAGUUUGAGGAGCUCUCAAGUGAGAAAUGAGCAUUAAGUCAUUUUUGAUGAGUUUCCUUUGUAUUUUUUUGUUUUUUUUUUCCACUCUAACAAUGCAGCCCUAUUUCUGAUACCGUGGGGGGUCAGAAAUGUUGCUGUGGGGGGCCACCACGGUCAAAUCAACAUGGAGGAAUCACUGUUUGUGGGUCAGAUAUGCUUGAAUAAUAGUAUUCAUCAUAUCUACAUGUGACAUUACAACAAUAAUAAUGAGUGUAAUUAAUUUAAGUAACUGUUUUUCCAAUAGUAAUCUUCUGUUUAUGGUAGAACAAAACUAUGUGCAGAAAAGUUUGCAGGAAGGUGUAAAUAUGUAAAUAUGUGCAUUGUAAUAAUAAUAAUAAAAAACAUAAUUCCACUAAUGUCA